GUCUAGUGGUAGAAUAGUUCCCUGCCACGGAACAGACCCGGGUUCGAUUCCCGGGCAGUGCAAUUGUUGUUUUUACAUUUUGUUUGGUCUGUGAAGUAACCGGUUCGAUUCCCGGGCAGUGCAAAAGCUUUUAAUUUCUUACGUUUCAAAAACUAUUUUAGGGCGAUUUCUAGAGCAAGCGCCCGGCGGCGAUGGGGAUCAUCCGCCAGGUAUGGUGGCGCUUCGGCGGCAAGCUCGCGAUCAGCUCCAUUUCGCCAUCGCCGAGCGCUGGCAAGCCGCGAUCGCGGUCCGGCGCCAUCGAUUCCUAUCUAGAUGGCCUCUUACAGGGAAAUCCGCGCAGGAAUUUUUCUUCCAAGAGUUUCUUCAUCGAGAGCGCUGGCUUGGAUUGUAGAAAGCUCAGCCAGAGGUCCUACUACGUCGAUCGAUAUGGUGUCCGGCAUUUCGAGCAAAGGAGCCUGGGAGGGAUGAGAGGAUGGGCCAAUGCAGGAGGUGGUGUCUCUCAGAAAUUCCUUCUCGUGGCUGGCUGCAUCGGUGGCUUCAUGGUUUACUUCUACUACACCCAUUUGGAGGUGGUUCCAUACACGAACCGGAAGCAUCUGGUUCUCAUAUCCCCGCAGAUGGAAGCGAUGCUUGGCGAGACAACUUUCAACAAUAUGAAGAAACAAUUCCAGAACAGGAUCUUGCCACCUUACCACCCGGCUGUCGUUCGAGUCGCCAGGAUCGCUCAGAACUCGAUCAACUCGGCGAUGGAAGGGAUUCAUGCCACUGGAAAAAAUCAGCUGGAGUACACUCCGGAUGUGUCGAAGAAACUGCCUUCCGCGAGGAGCCGAGAUUACGUGCUAGGACCAGCCGAGGACGUGGAACAGCCAUCGUUUUUUCUGAAACUUGGGGAGAAAGAUCUGUACCGUGAGAACGAGAGUGCGGUGGACGAUGUGUGGGUCGAGGACUGCCGAAAGACUGCCAAGGAAAAGGGACGCAAGGCUCAAACGCAGCACGUCGAUCACUUCAAGUGGGAGAUCGUUGUGGUGGAUGCCAACGUGGUGAACGCUGCAUGCUUGCCGGGUGGUAAGAUCAUCGUCUUCACGGGGCUCUUGAAGGCGUUUCCUCACGACGAGGAACUAGCGACGGUCCUCGGACAUGAGGUUGGCCACGCAAUUGCCAGGCACACUGGAGAGAUGCUUACACGAAGCAUCUUCAUUGGCUUCAUCGAGUUGCUGUUCCUAGUCGUUGUCCAGGCUCCCAACAUCGUCGGCCCAGCUUCCGAUCUCUUGCUGAGGCUUCCGUUCUCUAGAAAGAUGGAGAUUGAAGCCGACCAUAUCGGAGCUCUAGUCAUGGCUGCGGCUGGCUACGAUCCCAGAAUUGCUCCAGGAGUUUAUCUCAAGCUGGGAGAGCUGCAGAAACUCCCCGAGUAUGUCCAGUACAUCUCCACGCAUCCGUCAGGUCGAACUCGCGCAGAGGGGCUCUUGAAGUCGCAGACUCUCAAAGAGGCGACACGGAUCUAUCUGUCAAAACAAGGUGGCUGGGAGAGUUCAGGCUUUCUCAUGUAGGGCGAUUCGACUCGUCCAACUUAGUCACGUAAAUCUGUGAGGUACACUGACGCUCUGGAUGUUUUCCGGGCCUCUAUCCAUCAACAUUCGAACAAUGGCUGUGUUUGCCAGCUAACUUUUUAAUGUUUUCUCUACAGAUGUUUGUAGGGACGAGUGUGUCCUUAUUUUCUUGGAAGAACUUCCAUCGUCGUGCUGGCUCUGCGCAAGGCCAGCUCGCGAGCAACGCUUUGUCAACCCGUCAAUCACGCACAAGAUCGCCUAUCAAGGGCCACCACAGAGCCAGUUUAUUCCACUCCCGGACUUUAUGAAGCGCGCUUUUCUUCCUCUUGCUAAUCACGCUCGGAGAAUAUAUCCCAUCGUCGAAUCUCGCUAUCCAGAAGCCGCCAGGUCUGUCCGAGCAUUCAAUUCUUUUAGGCGCAUUUCUUUGUCUUUUUUUCUCUUCUUUUCGUCUGGGCUGGUUCUUCACAGUGGUGCAGUCCAGUGUAGUGUUUGGUCUCUUUUCCCCUGCUUCUUUUUAUGGAUUGGACCGGACUGGCGGGCCUGUCUCUCUGUGUGUGUGUAUGCAUUGUGUGUGUGUGUGAGUGAGUGUGUAGUAUGUGUGUUCCAAGCUGGAAAGCAGUGUCCCGCUCGCCCUUUUCGGUGUUGGGAACUUCUUCCAAUAAUGACGGAUUGGAUCAAGCCGAGCGAGAGACCUCUCGCCCGCGCUUAAGCGAAGGAGUUUGGCAGCUUUUGAGUUGAGUUUUCUCGUCUUUGUCCUUAGUUUGGAACUAAGCUUCUUGUUCUCUUCUCUAAGCUCUCGGUUGAUAGAUAGCUUCGUAUUUAGCUUAAAUCUAGUCGCGGAGCCAGCGGCCAUGGUUUCUGUGCGUCCUUGUUAUAGUUUAGCUUGUUAAUCUUAGCUUACGUCCUGGCAUGAGCCAGAGACAAAGGAAAGCUCGUCAAAAAAAAUGAAAGAAGGGGUUCUUUGUC